UGGCUGAGCCCGCUUCCUUGUUUGCCUGGCGCUGCUAAGUCAUGUGACGGUACAACAUCCAAUCACAAGAGGGGGGAGACGGAGUGAAGUGUGCCUGCUGCUCCGCUAUAUGAGGAGCAGCACUUGAAAGCAGCAGACACAGACAGCCAGGUCGCUACUUUAAUAAAACCACUGCAGUGCAUACAGGAGAGAAAUAGAAACUAAAGUAUCGAUCUCAUUACACUGGUAUCGAUCAAUAUCAAUACCAACGCUUGUAUCGAUUUUAUCGAUAUUUGGAUCGAUCCGUCCACCCCUUGGAACUUCUCUGCUGAAGAAGAAAGUCAGACAGUUGUCACCCUGCCGCCACAAACAUGAAGUUUAAAUUACGACCUGCAACCAAAGAGGACUGCAAAGAGAUAUCGAGGAUGAUAAUGGAGUUGGCAGUUUAUGUAAAAAUGCCUGACCAAGUGAAGAUCACUCAUGAAGACCUGGAACGUGACGGUUUCUGUCAGAAUCCCUUCUUUGAAUGCCUCGUUGCAGAAGUACCUGAGGAGCAUAAGUCGACAGAAGGGUUCACAGUCGUUGGAUACGGCCUCUACUUUUACAAUUACAGCACAUGGGAAGGACGCACAGUAUAUCUGGAGGACCUGUAUGUGAUGCCAGAAUUCAGAGGAAAUGGCAUUGGCAAGGGUUUACUGAGCAAAAUUGCUCAGGUGGGGAAAAAGAAACAGUGUGUGCGGCUGAAUCUGUCUGUGUUGAACUGGAACACUCCCUCUCGAGACUUCUACACUGCUAAAGGAGCUCGGGACCUCACAGACAGCGAAGGCUGGCAUUUUAUACGUUUUGAUGGACAAAACCUGGACAAUUUAGCAAAUGAAGCACCUGAAGAUUAGAAUUUUUUCCAAGAAAGGUGUGACUGGUAACCCACACUGCCCUGAAUAAUAAGCGUCCAAAACAUUCUAAAACAACAUAAUUACCACCAAAAUACAUAAGAAAGGAAAAUAGAUAAGAUUAGAAAAAUGGUUUCCAAUGUCUCAAACAGUGUAUGCAUUGAACUUUCUUUUCACUGGCUUGAUUUCUGCCAAAAACAUUCACACUUUCUAAGAAAGUUUGAAAUUAACCGCGCCUGGUUCCUCACUACCUUGUCUUUCUACUGUUUCAACAAAAACAUUUAGUGAUUUAAAGCCUUUUAAAUCUACCAGGAGCUACUUGGAUUUCAUGUAAGUAGUUUUAACCUUCCUUCAGUUUGAAGGGGUGGUUGAAUGUCACUAAUUACCUUUCAGAGCAAAGGGUGUAAAUUCAUGUUCUGAUGAUGGUUAUUUUUUCCCAGGAGCGCGAUAUAAUUUUAUUUGAGAGAAUCCAGUCCCAGAUGUGACACCAUUUAAUUCCACUAGAUGGCAUAUUUAACCAGCAAAUGUGUCCACGAUUUUGACUCAUGAGAAAUGUAGCUGUCCCAUGUGAGUUCUGUUUAUGUGCAAAUAUACAUAAACAACUGUCUGAAAUUUGUGAAUGGACAUUCAGGAAAUGUUGUGGCUUAAUGGGUCACACAUACAGCUCUGUGUGAUGAAUACAAUGUUCUGCUUGGUUAAAGGAGUUUAAGGAGAGGAUGAUUUUUUUUUUUUUUUAGAUUGUUAUGAUAACUCAUGUUGUUGAGUGUUGAAAAUAAUAGUCCGUCAUUAAAAUUCUUGUUCAGUCUGUCA